UCGACCUUUCAACUAAUUAGACGCGCACGUUCAACGCGUCUUGGUUCUUUCAAACCUUCGCCGUAGCAACGGCGUCGGCAAUGAUUCUGUCAUGAAACAACCCAACAUCCUUUCAACGUACCGCCAUCAUUGAUUGGCCAAUCAGUUCAUCCGGAGAGGAGUAAUGUAGUCAGACGGGACUUUUUGUAACCUGACAAGGCUGCGUUGCGUUGAAUUAGGCCGACAUUACCACGGAGUCAAUCCAUCUAACUCACCCGCGCGAACUUCGGCCCAUCCUGCAUAGUGUAGCGUGGAUAUGGGCUCAUCCAAGAAGCGCAGGAGCGGUUCAGCCGGUCCAACUGCAUAUGGCGAGCCACCAAGAAAGAAAGCACACCUAUCACCAGAACACACCAAGACAAGUAGAGUCAAGCACGCCAUCCUCAGCCUUUACUACCCUGAGAUAUUGACGUUGCGCCAGUAUGUACUGCUCAAGCUGCCCGAGUCCUCAAGAAUCAGGAGAAGGAAGAUCUGCGCCCUGGGAACACAGUCUUCAUCCUCUGCUGGCGCUGAAAUAUCAGACGUGGAGCGCUGCGUGGGUCAGCUAUUGGACACCACCCUUGUCGGACUCGUCGAAGAGAUCAAGAGCGUUUUGGACAGUCGCUGGGAGGAGUGGACCAGUUUCCCACGAAGGGGCGACGAAUCCUACGUGACGCUGUCUGAUGGCCUUGUCGGCGCUACCUUCUCGCAGUCUGAGAUAGUUGACUUUGUUAUCUGGCUGCUCUUCUCAAGAACCAAAACGCCAGGGUCGUUUCCUAGACACCUGCUUAGUGAUGGAUUCCGUCGAGGCGCGCCCUCCAGACCACAAGGGCAAACUGGCGGUUUGGCACACAAUGUCCCAGGCGUAUACUCGUUAUACCCAAAUCCUCAUGUCGAAAGACUGAAAGAAGCGCCAUGGCCUCAAUUUCUGAAGCUCUUGGGCAGCUGUGGCGAUCGUAUCAUGAUGGACCUGCUACUUGACUGCUCUGUCUUUCUGCGUCUCAGCUCCGGUCAGGAUAACUAUCAACAAAUAAGCGGUGAGAACCAAGCACGGGUGGAAAGAUCAAGUCGUGAUAUUAACCGGUUUGGACACAGGUCUACCUUUGAGUGACGCCCGACCUCUUCACCAAGGUAAUGAUCAGGUCAUAUCGAACAGUGGUUUUGAAC